AUGCAUAAAAAGCGUGCAGAUUCUACGUGCCCUCAAAUACUUACACCACUAUCAGUUGAUUCGAAAACGAUCGUUGGAUAUUUUCCUGGCUACUUAACUGCUUACACUCAUUAUGGAUCAGAUAUUAAUUCUGUUAGUCCAAAUUUGAUCCCUUGGAAUAUUACACAUUUAAAUUGGAUUGCAUUUGGACCAGAUGAUUUUCAAAAUAAAGAUAUACCCCUAACAUCAACACACGUUUUUUUAAAUAGAACUAUAUUUCUAGCGAUCGUUUUAUCAGGAAACAUCAAAAUCGGCUCAUUCGCAAAUGGAACUACCAGUGACCACGCUGGAUUUAUUACCAACGUUACAAAUUUUGUUGAUCUUGAAUAUCCAAAUAGAUUUAAUUGCAGAAACUGGCUGAAUGAUAAGAACUUUGUUCCACUAGUAAACGAAUUAUCAACCGCCUUAAAAGGAAUUAACAAAGAAUUAUCAAUAACAGUUGGUCCUAUUCCUAUAACAGGAUUAAAUCCUGAUUCAGUAAGCUUUGUGAAUGUCAUGGCAACCCAAGUCAAUAUAAUCCAUAACUUAACUACAUCUACAAAUAAAACGGGUCCAAGUAUUACACUUGACCAAACAUCAACCAUUAUGAGUAAUUGGAGCAAAAUCGUACCUUCAGCAAAACUCAACUUAGGAGUAGACUUAUAUGGUGUUAUUGAAUUAACUGCUCCAGUUGGUUUGGGCAGUCUUAACAAUAGCCAAACUAUUCCACGUAACUUAACAAAUGCUCCGUUCACCCCUUCAUAUAGUAGUGAUCCUCCUAUUCAGCUUUUUUAUGAUAAAUGUUCAUUUACCUUGGUUAAUUCAAUACAAUUAUAUCCUUGGUAUUUUAUGAGGCAGCAAACUGGUCCGCUAAUAAAUACUUGUACAGCUGGAAUUGGUUGGACUCGUAAAUUUGAUUCUGAAACAAGCACUACUUAUCUUUACAAAGUUAGUUCGGCAACGCCUGUAUACGAAUAUGUUUAUGUUUCUUAUGAAGACCCUCAAUCGAUUCAAUAUAAGCUAAAAUUAAUUACAAAUAGCUCGUAUGGUGGUAUAGCCAUUUCAGAUCUUUAUGCGGAUUCCAGUAAUGAGGAAAUGUUAAAUGCCAUAACGUCGGUCUUUCCAAUUUCUUAUAGAAAUGUUACUGUUCCUUAUGUUCCUUAUAACUAUGGUGGAGCCUCAUCAUCAAUAAUAUUGGCAAUACUUAGUUGCAUCAUUGGAGUCUCAAUAGCUAUUUUUAUAGUUCGAGUUUGGAUAUGGUUUAUUGGUAAAGAUUAG